AUGGAAACGGAGGAGCAGGUUGAUACACAGAAAGAGCUGGGCAUGUGGAUGACCACGAACUUGAUGCCAACAGAGCACCGUAAAAAUGCAGUCCAGAAGGCCACUGGUACGCUGCACUGGAUCAGACAAGCGUUCAAGUUAUUCGCACCUGAACUCUUCGGAAAAAUAUUUGGUGCCUUUGUGACACCAGAUCUCGACUAUCAAACACCAGUGUGGACACCAUGGUUGAAAAAAGAUGUAAACCUUCUCGAACAAGUGCAACGGAGGGCGGCAAAGAUGGUUGAUGGUCUCAGGGAAAUCCAAAGGAUAAAGGAUGCCAUUGAUAAUUAUCCGGAUUUUCCGAAGAUGGGGAUCCAGUUCAAAGACAUUUUCGGAAUUUUUAGGAAUCCUGCGUUGGUUCAGGAGUCCAUAGAUGUGCUCGCCGAAUUAGUUGCCAAACAUUACACGAAAAAUAAGCCGCUGGAUGCUAUCGUUGCUAUGGAUGCUCGAGGGUUUCUCCUUGGACCUAUGCUGGCCGUUAAGCUGAAUUGCGCUUUUAUCCCUAUUAGAAAGGCAAAAAAACUUCCUGGUGAAUGCUACUCCGAGGAGUACGAACUGGAAUACGGGAAGGCAAUUUUGGAACUUCAAAAAUCUGCCCUAUCUCCAGGAGCUCGUGUGCUCGUACUUGAUGACCUCAUUGCCAUUGGCGGCACUCUCGCAGCUGCCUGCAAACUUGUGCGAAAGGCUUCCGCAGAACCGGUUGGUUGUGUUGUUCUCCUCGAACUUGCUGAUCUCAAUGGUCGAGAGAAGUUAGAGGAACUAGGUGUAUCCGUCCAGUCGUUGAUCACCCUUUAA